AUGGAAGCGGACGGGUUUCAUAAGUAUUCGUCUGGAAGCACCUGUCCCGUUAACUAUGGCAGCACCUGUCCCGUCAACUAUGGCAGCACCUGUCCCGUUAACUAUGGCAGCACCUGUCCCGUCAACUAUGGCAGCACCUGUCCCGUCAACUAUGGCAGCACCUGUCCCGUCAACUAUGACAGCACCUGUCCCAUCAACUAUGACAGCACCUGUCCCGUCAACUAUGACAGCACCUGUCCCGUCAACUAUGGCAGCACCUGUCCCAUCAACUAUGACAGCACCUGUCCCGUCAACUAUGACAACACCUGUCCCAUCAACUAUGACAGCACCUGUCCCGUCAACUAUGGCAGCACCUGUCCCAUCAACUAUGACAGCACCUGUCCCGUCAACUAUGACAACACCUGUCCCAUCAACUAUGACAGCACCUGUCCCAUCAACUAUGACAGCACCUGUCCCAUCAACUAUGACAGCACCUGUCCCAUCAACUAUGACAGCACCUGUCCCAUCAACUAUGACAGCACCUGUCCCGUCAACUAUGACAACACCUGUCCCAUCAACUAUGACAGCACCUGUCCCAUCAACUAUGACAGCACCUGUCCCGUCAACUAUGACAGCACCUGUCCCAUCAACUAUGACAGCACCUGUCCCAUCAACUAUGACAGCACCUGUCCCAUCAACUAUGACAGCACCUGUCCCAUCAACUAUGACAGCACCUGUCCCAUCAACUAUGACAGCACCUGUCCAUUCAGCAGGCUGGAACACGUGUCAACCAAUGGCCCAUACGUGAGACCAUUCUUGGAGUAUGCAACCGGGUGUGAGGAGGGUCUGAAGGAGCUGGAAGUGACGUCGCUAGAAUAUAGGAGACAUGAUAGAGACAUAUAA